AACCGCUCGCUGUCCGUCCCGUCCUGCCAGUCGUGCGCGAGAAGUUCGAUCAGAUCGGACGAGUUUUUCGGAUUCGGAUUGAGUUUUUGUGGUGAUUGCUAGCUCUCAAUGGGCUCCACUGGAAAACGAACUUCAGUGUGAAUGAUGGAAGAAAAUCUUCAUUUUAUUUAGUGCGGAAAUCAAUUGGUUUUGUAGUGUUUCCGUGGGCAAUAGUUUGAGCUUUGGCAAGAGUGGGAUUUGGAAGCAGGUGGUUCAAGGUUAACAACAGGAAGAAAGAAAGAAAGAAAGAACUCCCCAAGCAGGAGCAGGAACAGAAUAGGAAAAUUUGCUGCAGUAGGAUUGUGGGGGGCGAGGAGGUGACAGGGUGUGGGCCAUGAGACGGAUGAAGCAGCAGUAGUGUUGUUUUUCUGAAUUCCCUAAAUGGUUCCUCUACGGAGUGGAAAAGAUAGAAGGAUUCCUACCUAGUGCUAGUUCUAGAUGGAAGAAUAUCCUGCUGACUAGUUGUGGAAUCGUUACGGUUCGGAAUUCCGGGUGCAGUUCCGUGGGGGAGAAUUAUGAUAGAAGUGCAGAAACGAAGACUAAAGGCUAAACGACGGAGACGAAGGCAAAGCAGCUUUGAAGGGCAGGGAGUGCUUCUGGGUUAAACAACCGAAAGAAAAAAUCCGAAAAAAACAGGAAACUAGGAAUUUUCCUGCUAGGGAAAUAGCCGGAAGAGGCACGAAGAAAAAAUUACGUCGACAGCGGUGUUGUUAUUAAGUGUGCAGGGGCAGUGCCAAGAAAGUUGCCACAGGGCGAUUCCCCAGUCAUGGAUGUGGCAAAGCUGUUUUCCGAUUUGGAGUCCAAUAGCCCUGCCCUGGUGGAUGAGGCCAAAAAGCGGUUCAACGAGCUGUUCGCAAGCACGCGUGAGCCAUGGUUCGCACACUACAUGAUGGACUAUUUUGGCCAAACGUCGUCGAUCCGCGUCGUGGACAUCCUGGUCAAGGUGCAAACCCCGCACGACAAGUUCAUACUGGACAAGCUGACCGAAUGGAUCCGCAGCGGGUCGAACAAGAUGCUGGCGUUGACCCUGUUCGGACACAUCAUCCAGAAGCGACCAACGUGGCUGUACAAGGUGGGCAACCAUCUGCUGGUGAAGGAAGUCCUGAAGCAGUCCAAAAUGGAGCGGGAGAUCAUACCGUUGAUUAGUGCUGUGCUGUGCAUUAUCGAUUUGCUGCCGGUCAUUCCGCUGGUAAUGGGCAUGUUCGUGCAUGAUCUGUUCGAAAUAUUCAACUACUUGGCGACGUUCGAUCGGAACACGUCCGUAAGCCUGCCGGAGGAUCAGCUGAUCCAUCUGCAGUUUGUUCUUUAUGAGCUGUUCAACCGGCUGUACGGAAUGUAUCCUUGUAACUUCGUUAUGUUCCUGAAGCAGGAAUAUCGCGGUGACAAACAAGCGGUUUUCCAACAUACGAUAAAACCACUGUUGGGCACGGUUAAGAUCCACCCGCGUUUGGUAUCUUCGGAUAAGGAAAGUGAAAUCAACCAAGUUCGAUGGAGGAAUAUGGAACCGCAUGAUGUAGUGAGCGAAUGUGCUCGAAUGUCGUUGGAUUACAUGGGCAAACCGCAAGAGAUACAGAACAAUCAGCUGAUUGGCAGUGAAUGUCCUUGCUAUGCAACACCUAUGAAACCGGUAGAGUUCAAUGCCAUGACGGCGACGAUAGAUUUGCAAUGGAAGGCUACGGUGAACUACUUCAACAAGUCCUCAACCGACGAGAAGCUUAGCACCAUAGCCGUACAAAACUCAUUUUGGUCCCCGAGUAACAUGAUGCAACCGACACCACCCCCUGGCCCAGCAACUGUUCCCCACACUCCCAAUCCAACCCCCAGCUAUACAAUUCCUUCAAUAUCGGGACCUCUUCUACCGGCGGCUGACGGUGCUUCCCCACCGGAAGCAGCCGUCGAAGCCACUCCGGAAACCACACCGAUGAAGGAUAUCGUCAAACCGAUUCGUCCGUACCCCAUGAAUUCGGGCGCGGUACGAGCAAUCCUGAACACUAGCCAACCUUCGUCACCGAUCAAGAAGGAAUCCACCAGCCAUUUUAACUUCAACGAGAAAAGCAUCAUCACAUCACAGAAGCUACUCCGAAUGGUGAACGAUCGGAAUCACUCAGUGAUGCAGAUAUCGUCUGGCAACUCGAACACCACCAUUACCACGACGACAGCAACCUCGACAACUAGCAACAGUGUGCCUUCUAGUCCGCUUCCGAUCGAUCAACCGACGUUCGAAAUCUCCCGGGUGUCUCAAAAGGUCGCAAACCUCAAGUUGACACCGGGCGGAACGGUUAUCACCCCACGGUACGAUUCGCCUUCGAUCAUGCAGUUGUCGGAUUCGACCCAAGAGGAUCAGGAAGUGACCGACAUCAAUAGCCAUCUGCUGCAGGACCAACCGCAGCAACAAUUACAGCCACCUACAGCACCUGUGCAGCACCCCAUGAAAGAGGCCUUCGAUGCUGAAGAUUUCGAACAGGAAGAAGGUUCGCCAUGUUCGGCCGGUGGACUGCAUUUCAAAAGCUCUCAGUCGAUGAUCAAUUUCACUCGAAAACGGUACCGGAUGCACAGUCAGUGCCUGGUGGAUUCUGACCCCAGUUACAGCACCGGGACGUCCCCAGCAGAUACCAGCAACUACAUGCUAAAGAAUAGCGUCGGAAUCAGUACUACGAGGAGUGCUGUUGCCGAGGCACUGAAGAAGCACCAACGAAGACAUUCGCUACCCGAUUUGAAGAAGUACAGUCUGAGAGUAGACCCGAAAACUUUGGCUGGCGAACGGCAAGAUCUGACGCUAGUGGAAACGAAUGGCGAUAGCAGCAGCGGGAGUAGCCCCUCCGAAGAAGAGGCUAUUUCGGCUGCGACACACUUUAACAAGAAGCAAGAGCAAAAGACUGAAGAGCACAUUCGUCGGAAUAUGGCGUUGUUCCAGGAGAUUCGCAAAAAUCUCACCAACUUGGGAGCACACAGGCCAGCACAGAUCGUUGGACCACCGGUAUCGCAGCUCGUGUCAAGCGGCACCCAAACAAUCGAAAGCUACCCACAGCCAUACGAACAGAUCAUCUACGGUAUUCUGCAGGAGGAACAAAAGUUCAAGGCCGACAUUGCGGUGAAGCGGCUACAGGAAAAAGCCGAACCCGGAAUCAAGAUGGAUCCGAACGCUAUGCUCGACAAAUACAUCGAGCUGUGCGUGAAGAAACGACUGGAAUCCGGUGACCCGCGAAGAAUAGAAGAAAUGUACCGUGACCAUAUCAAGCUGCUGAACCUGCAGUUACAGUUUGAGAAGCAUCGAAGGGAAAUCCACGCUGAGCGAAACCGACGUCUGUUGGGGAAGAGCAGGGUGAUACGGGCGUUGGAACAGAACAAUGAUGCACUGAAGGACCAGGUUUCCCGACUGACCAAAGAGAUUAGUUCGCUGAGCACGGAGUUGGCGAGUCUAAGGCGUAAGACCAACAUGGACUGGACCAAAAACUCGACGGAAGUCGUUGAACUGAAGGAGCGAUAUGCGGCGGAAACUCGAAAGAAUCAGGAUCUACAGCUGAAGAUCAAGGAACUAGAAAUUGCUCUAAAUGAAGACACGCGAACGCGCAAGGAGCAAACAGUGGCCCUCGAACAGGCGCGCGGGGAACUAUUCGACAUGACCAACGAGAUGGAACAGGCGCUACACAAGGCUGAUCUGGGUCAGCAGUACCGGGAUGAGCUGACGCGGUUACAGUGCGAAAUGAUUCUCAUGGGGGAAAUUCAACUCAAAUGCAAAGAACGUCUGGCCGAGCUGGACAGUCUGAAGGCCAGGGACGCGGAGAUUGCAAUGAUUCAGGAAACGUACCAGGACGAGGUGAAAGAUUUGAAGCUCAGCUUGGAGAUGAAGUCCUCUCAGCUGGACUCGGCCAAAGAACGACUGACGGAACUGGAGCAACAGCUCAUGAAGCGCGAUGAAACCAUCACGUUACAGAAACGCAUGCUGAAAACGGUCAAGGAAGAGCAUAAGGAGCAGUUUAAUGCUCUUGAGCGCAAAUACCAUGCACAAAAAGCGAUCGUGGUCAAAAUGGAGGAAGCAAUCCUGGAGCUACGGGUCAAUGCUGUCGCUCGUUCGCCCGAUUCCGACCGAACAGAUGCCGUUGGCUCGCUGGACCACACGUCUCCUCUGUCGAUCUCGUUGGCUUCGAGCGAGGGGUUGUCCGAGAUCAAAAACCUUGCCCUGGUGGUCCAAUCCGGUGGGAGCACUAUGAGCAACAAUAACCACGAGCUGGACUCUAAUCUGCCCACGCCGACCAGUGUACCUCUGCCACCGCUACCGUUGGACAAUAAUAAUCCCCUGUCGACCGCUGCCGGUCCCAUAGCGAUUGCCAGCUCUAGCGGAAGACCUCCGCUGCCGCCUUCCGCAGGCAUUGAUCCCAUGCCAGGACCUAGCCAGCGACUGUGAACAAAACUCCUUCGCCAUCACCAGCAUGCUUUCGGUACUUUGCCUUGUUUUGUUCCGGCUGCUUUACCCCCGAUAGUCACAGGAAAAGAAAAGUUGUUUUUUCUACUAUUGUUUGUUAACCUAUUGAAUUGAUUAUUGCGUUGAAAUCAAAAACUAGAAAUCCCGCGGGAUUUGAUCUGAUAGCGAAUCCUACUUGUAAGGAUGGAACAGAUGCAUGUGUGUUGCAGUAUCCUAGAGGACAUAUUUUUAUGAAAAGUGCGGAAAUACAAAAAGUCAGGAGGAAAAAUCGGAUGAAACUAACAGCUCACAAGAAAGAUCACGUGGCGCUGUCACGGAGACAAAGAACUGAAAAGACUGUUGUGGAAUAUUCUCAAAUCGGAAAACAGUGAGGCCUGAGAGUUUUCUCUUCAACACAAAGAGGAGAUAAUUCGCUUUGAUUGCGUUACUGAAAUGAUAAGAAAAAUGUAGCAUUAGUUUGUUGAAGAACAUUAUUCUAUUGAAAUAAGGCGAAACAUAAGUGAAACUAAAUUAUCGAUUUAGGAGAGUUAACUACAGCAAAGUUCUAACAAAAGAAAACAUAACAAUGUGAACCCUUCUGAACCUACAGCAGCGCAACGUCUGACCAUUCCGUGGGACGACAAGCAGAUUCGGAGAGAGAGAGAGAGAGUGGAUGAAAAAAAAUGAAACAUUAAAGAAGAGACGUUGAAGUUGA